UUAAUUAUUAAAUUUUAUAAUUUUUUAUUAAGAAAAAAAACGUACUUGUUGAUUUUUUAAAUUUGUACAGGAGUGUUCACUGACCAUGUAUGAUGUAGGAGAAAACGAAUUAGUUCAAAAUUAGAAUUGGGGUACCAUUAAGCUGGGGUACCUAGGCUGUAUUUUCUUACUCCCGUAUAGACGUAUAUUCAUAACUGGGCAUAUGGAUAUGUAUUUUUUUUAAUUAAGUCAAAACACUUGUGUUUACAUGCGUCGAAAAUACACGCUUAUGUGCUUAGCUCCAGUGUGGGUGUUUGUAUAUAGCGAUCGAAAAAGAAAAACUCAAAGUGAAGUUGUGGCGACGAUCGUCGAUCGCUGAUCCCAGAGAGGGACGACGACGGCAUAAGUCGGACGCAACUCCAGCCUGCCACACGCGCCUCGAUCUCCAGCCGUCGGAGUCGAAUCGAUCGCACAAUAGCGAGGAAAUUAAGCCGCUUUGUUUGCACACCGCUCUGUACCUGUGACAAAAGGAUCCUUGACGACAAGUUGGUCGCCCAUAGAUCGCUAUAGAUCACCUGUUGACACACGUACAAAGAGGUGGCCCCUUAAACUAGACGAGAUGCGGCUCUCAUCAACCCCGGAUGAGUAGUCACGUCUCGAAUCGGAUCGAUGGAUGGUGAGCCAUUCAUCACGACGAUUGGCAGACUCUCUAAUGCACUAAAAAUAAGAAAGAAAAAUACAAAUAAGCAAGAAAAGCGAACCGAGUCCAGGUAAACCUGCAGCAGUCCGGCCAGAACUCUCGAUCGGUCAUUCGAAAAGCGGCUUAGGCGAUGACGGAUCAACUGCUGAGCUCCGCGGCCAGCGCUCCGGGGGAUCCCCCGGCGAUUCUGGUGCCCGUGCCAGCCUCCACGGGCGGACCCUAUUUGAGCGGUGGCUCCGAGGGCGAGCCGGAAUCCUCGGAACAGCCCGUACUUCUCGAACUCGGUGCUCCCCAAUCCGCCAGCUGCCCGGCAGUUAGUCUCAACUAUACCCUGACCCCCGAUGGAGGAGGUCUGCUGGCCUAUGCGCCACCUCACCCGCACAGCUAUUCACCAAACUAUGGCUACGAGAAAGAGCCACCCAACUUGGGCCUUUUACCACCCACAUACAGUGUGAUCCCGCAGCCGGUGUCGAUGUGGCAUGCUGGUCAUGCUGGAGCCUCCGGAUCGCCAGUGUGUCUGGAGAGCAGCAAACCCAGUGAGCUAGUGCCACCACCCAUCUACAUGAGCUACGGCGGAGGUAGUAUUGCCAACAGCACGGAGGUGGACAUCUCCAAGGAGCACAAUCCCGCCUGGCGGGAGAAGGCUCUGCAGAUGGAGAAGGACUACAGACGCACCGCCUGCGAUCGGGAGAGAACCAGAAUGCGGGACAUGAACCGAGCUUUUGAUCUACUGCGCUCCAAGCUGCCUAUUUCCAAGCCGAAUGGGAAGAAGUACUCAAAAAUUGAGAGCUUAAGGAUUGCCAUCAACUACAUCAAUCACCUUCAGGCCAUGCUCCGGGAGAGUUCUGUGGCUCAGAACGGGAGUGGAUGCUGUGCCUGGAGUGGCGGGAGUAGUUCACCCUAUGACAAUGGCAACGAUCAUUGGGGAUCGUAGCUUAAAAAUAUGUUAGACCUACGAAAUUAAUUUGAUUUGACGAUGGCCAACUUUAAAAAUGUACUAAUAAGGCACCGAUUCCAGUUAAAGGACUUCUGAAGUAAAGGAUUCAAUUUUAGUAAUCUUGAAAAUAACUUCGGUUUAGUUUUAUUGUGCAGUAUGCCAAAGAAUAUGCACUGGAGGGUCAAACAAUUUCUGUUCAACUAAACUAUUUUGGAAAACUAUAGCUUUAAUUUUGUAUAGCUCAAACCUGUUUAAUCUCUUCAUAAGUGCAAUAAUAAAAUAAAAUACCAA